GUGAGCUUCGCGGAUUAGCGCAGUUGAUGUCUUUCCCCGGUGUUCUUCACUUUUCCUUCUUUAGGAGACAGUGGGUGGCGCUUUGGGGACUUCUGAGUGGCGGCAAACAAACCGUGUGGCCCCAAAAUGACAACUAUCAAAGAGCAACUCAUUUCCAAUGUAGCUGCAGAAGACCACACCCCUCAAUGUAAGAUCACCAUUGUUGGAGCUGGUUCUGUAGGCAUGGCCUGUGCCAUUUGUAUCUUGCUGAAGGAGUUGGUUGAUGAACUUGCCCUUGUUGAUGCUGAAGCAGACAAAUUGAGGGGAGAAACAAUGGAUCUUCUGCAUGGCAGUAUUUUCCUUACUACUUCAAAGAUUGUCGGUGGAAAAGAUUACAAGAUAUCAGAAAACUCCAAGUUAGUUAUUGUCACAGCAGGCGCAAGGCAGAAGGAGGGAGAAACUCGCCUUGACCUGGUCCAGCGUAAUGUGGCUGUCAUGAAAUCUAUCAUUCCCAACAUAAUGCAGCAUAGUCCUGACUGCAAAAUCAUAAUUGUCACAAACCCAGUGGAUAUCUUGACAUAUGUUGCCUGGAAGAUAAGUGGCCUACCUGCAAAUCGUGUAAUUGGCAGUGGUUGUAAUCUUGACUCUGCCCGUUUCCGUUACUUUAUUGGAGAGAAGCUAGGGAUCCACUCCACAAGCUGUCAUGGUUGGAUUGUUGGAGAACAUGGUGAUUCUAGUGUGCCCUUAUGGAGUGGAGUGAAUGUUGCUGGCUUUCCUCUGAAGUGUCUGAACCCUGACAUAGGAACAGACUCAGACAAAGAACAGUGGAAAACGGUCCAUAAACAAGUGGUUAAUAGUGGCUAUGAAAUCCUUAAGCUGAAGGGAUAUACCUCAUGGGCUGUUGCAAUGUCUGUGACAAAUCUGUCAGAAACAAUCUUGAAGAAUCUUAGGAGAGUACAUCCAGUUUCUACUCUGGUUAAAGGCAUGUAUGGAGUACAGGAAGAAAUCUUCCUCAGUAUCCCCUGUAUCUUGGGGCGAAAUGGCAUCUCAGAUAUUGUGAAGAUGAACUUGAAUUCUGAAGAAGAGUCUCUUAUUAAGAAGAGUGCAGAUACACUUUGGGCUAUCCAAAAGGAUGUAGCACUUUAAAGCCUUUUAACAUUUUACUGUUUGAUAGAACAGAAAGUAGAAGAUUGAAUGCUUUGUUUUUGAAAUAUCUGGUCUGUUAAAAACAUAAAAAAAAAUGAGACCUAUGAUAUAACCUCAGCCUCAAGAUUAGAAAGAGGAAAUUUAAGAGAUCUCUCCCCUGUGAAUUUUAUUGGUGCUCCAACUGUACAGGUGUAAUUCAUGCUUCGGAAGGGUGUCGUGUAUAUUACAGUUGGCAUUUUGUAGAUGAUGUCUAACCACCCAUUAUAAUACAGAAUUUAAUACUUACAAAAUGAGUACAUUUUCUAGUACUGAAAUUUUAUCUUGUGCUCUCUUCUGUGAUGGUCUAUAUCCUCUU